AUGAAACCACCACUAGGAGUCACCUCUCCAGUGUCAAACUACAACAGUAUCGAACACAAACCGACUAACACACACAAUGUCACGUCACCAGGUCCCAUUGCCUGGGUAUCAAGUAAAAACCCAAAUCUCUGUGAACCCCGGCAGAGUUGGCAAUCUGAUCUACAAAGGGAUCCCAUUAUAAUGUGCGAGGUCGGCGUGUGCGCGCGAACAUUUCAUGCGUUGAUGGGCGGAGGUGCGAACGCAGGUGGAGGGCGGGCAGCGCGCGCCCUGCGCCUGCUUCUGCUGCUCGUGCUGGCCCUCGCAGCCGUUGAGUACCUGUUCGGCUCCAUACUUGACGCUUCACCACUAAGAACCUAUCUCUACACUCCGCUUUACAACGCUACACAGCCUACCUUCAGAAACGCUGAGGAACUUCAAGAAAACAUUUGGAAAAGGGCCCUUCAAACUGAAAUUUCCCAAAAAAUCUCUGAGAUGAGAGAAGCACAAUUGAAAAAAACAAUACAGCUACUUUAA